CCGAGGAGUUCCGGCACAUAUUAUGUAAACAUAAAUUUUUCACGUUGUCGUUGAUAACAUUUGGGUAUGGAGUCCCCUACUAGAAAAGAAAUCUUGCAUAAUUUUCAGACAGGGGUCAUCGACGCUGAAGAAUGUUUCUGUAUGAUUGUUUCUCUCGAUGGUUAUGAUUCAACGAGACAACAUUUCCUGAAAAACAUUGAUUUCUUGAGGCUCACUAAUCCUAAGAAGUACAACGAACUCUUCACCGUUUUUGCAAAUUACUUUGAAAAACCUCCAUCUGGUGCAUUUUUAGAUCCUAUAGGCUGUAGUGUUGAAAAUGGAUACUUAACAAGUGACUUUGGGUAUGAACUGGAAGUAGAACUUGCAUCAGCCCUCUCAUUGCAAGAUCAGAAUGAAAGCCUUAACAGCAAAGCAUCUUAUGUUAGUGUUGUUCAGGAGCCAGUUAGUAAACAAAGAAAUACAUCAAGUAAUUCUGAAAGAAAUCAACCAGAGAAUGUUAACAAUAGUUUCUCAAAAAAUGUGGAAGAUGACAAUGGUUCAGUCACUUCAUCGGUCAAAAGUAAAAAAAGGAAAAAUAAAGGCUCCACAAACAGGCCUGUGGUUUACUGGUUCAGGAGAGAUCUUCGUCUGUAUGACAAUCCAGCAUUGUUUGAAGCGGCCAGUAUGAAUGUCCCCGUUAUAUUGGUCUUCUUGUGGUCAGAAUCAGAGGAGGAUCCAGAGGGUGUGGUGGCAGCAGGAGGAGCCACUAAACUAUGGUUACACCACGCUCUGAACCACCUGGACAAAUCCAUCAGUGACAGAUACAACAACAGGAUCAUCUACAGGAAAACCCAGUCCUGUCAAAGAGAAAUCCUGUCACUUAUUGAAGAAACUGGUGCCAAAGCAUUGCUGAUAAAUGAUGUCUAUGAACCAUUCCUCAAACAGAGAGAUGACAAGAUUUGUUCAGAACUACAGAGGAAAGGGAUAGAAUGUAAGAGAUUCCACUCUUACUUGCUGCAUGAGCCAGGUUCUGUGUCAGCGGAGUCUGUGGGGAUGAGAGGGGUUGGCUCAGUGACCCACUUUAUGGAGUGCUGUAGGCAAUCUGAUGCCCGGCCCAUUGGGCAUCCUCUGGAUUAUCCCCCCACUCUACCCAAACCAGACCAGUUUCCCUCCAGCUCAUCUCUUCAUGAUCUAGAACUAGCCAAAAUGCCAAGGAGAAAAGAUGGAUCUAUUAUUGACUGGGCAGCACCAAUUGUGAGACAGUGGGAUUUUGGAGAAGAAGGAGCAUGGAAAGCUCUAGAACUUUUCUUAUCUGAAGGCGUCAGGAAAUAUGAGAAGGAGUCGUGUCGCGCCGACCACCUGAACACCUGUCGGAUCUCUCCGUACCUUCACUUUGGUCAGAUCAGUCCCCGGGCGGUGCUGGAGGAAGCCAGACACAUGAAGUCGCCCAAGUUCCUCCGGAAGCUGGCCUGGAGAGACCUGUCUUAUUGGCUGCUGACCCUCUGGCCUGACCUCCCCUCACAGCCCACCAGGGUGCAUUACAGGGAUCAAGCCUGGAGCAGGGACCCUGGUCACUUGAAAGCGUGGCAGAGAGGUAGGACGGGAUUCCCCCUGGUGGAUGCCGCAAUGAGACAGCUGUGGCUGGAGGGGUGGAUCAACAACUACCUCAGGCACGUGGUCGCCUCCUUCCUCAUCUCCUACCUCCGCCUCCACUGGGUGGAGGGCUACCGCUGGUUCCAGGACACCUUACUGGAUGCUGAUGUGGCCAUCAAUGCCAUGAUGUGGCAGAAUGGAGGAAUGAGUGGGCUGGACCAGUGGAACUUUGUGAUGCACCCUGUGGAUGCAGCUUUGACCUGUGACCCAGAUGGAGCCUAUGUCAGAAAGUGGUGUCCAGAGAUAGCAGCUCUCCCCAACGACUUCAUACACCAGCCCUGGAAAUGUCCACCCUCCAUUCUGAGGCGAUGUGGUAUAAAGUUAGGAGAGACAUACCCAAAUCGGGUUAUAUCAGAUUUAGAGGGAGCAAGGGAGCAGUCAUUAACAGAUGUUGUAAAUGUUCGGAAGAAGCACCCAGAGUUUGUGGACCGCCGAACAGGCAACGACCUUGUGCCCCUCCCUGAUGGUCUAUGUGUCCCGGUCAUCACCAGGAAGGAGUUCAAGUACAAGUUGCACCACCCAGAGGCCAAGGACAACCCCCACACAGCUGUACUGAGGGGGUACCGGUCCAGGAAGAGGGACGAAGCCAUUGCUUUUGCCAACGAGAGAGACUUCAUGGCUAGUGCUAUGAAUGAAAGUGUGAAACUUACUGAGAGAAGAUUAAAGGCAACGCAAUAUGAAGCACUCUGAUGAAGUAGUGUGUAGAAUUCCGGGUGUAGAUGAGCUGUUUAGUGUUGGAGGAUUGAGGACAUGAGUGUGUGAUACGCAUAAAUGAAGAUGGCUUCUUGGGAUGUGGUUUGGAAAAUGUGAAGAAUGGGGUGUUUUCGCUAACAAUAAUGACUUGAACACAUGCGUGUGGCAACUGCUUUCCUCUUUGAGCUGUGCAUGUGGUUAAGGAGGAAUUACAUGUAUUUAUGUCUUCCACGUUAGUUUAUAAUUAUUUAUUAAUCAAAUUAAAUUUUGGCUUGCCUGA